AUGGCUGACAUUACCCCUCCGCAGUGGUCUGGAGCUGAGCAUAGCGUCGCAACAAGGAACCGCCUGCAGCACAGCAUCGACUGCGCGUCGCACGCUGGAGCGAGUGCAGCCGUCAGCCCACUUCUGCAGCUGCCGUCCUCCAGCGCCUGCACACCGUCCCCGAUACCCACUGCUCGCCGGCCGUCGCGAGGCGGACGACUCCCGGCCAUGAUGUCGUCGAUACAGAAGGCGGCUAACAAGAGGGCGCCCAUGUCCUGCGACAGGUGCAAAAGCCGCAAAACCAAGUGUGUGGAUCCAGUACCUGGACCAUGUCGGUACUGCCAGAGCCUCGGAGUCAGCUGUCGCGUUGACCCGAGUCGAAGGCGGCAGAGGCCUUACUAUCAUGUCUCGGAAGAGGAGUUCCGGCUCCAGCGGAGGGCACUUGAGCAUUUCCUGCCCAAUACCGAAAUUUCUCUGUCCAGUCUCAGGGACCUAAUGAACUCCUUGGCAAAUCGCUCUCCAGGCAUCAACGUGGAGGCAGCAGAUGACCCUGGGCGGGCCAGGUCACUCCAGCAUGCAAGCACCGACUCGCCAGGUUCCACCGAGCUCGAGGAGACGAUUGAGGAAAUAGACGACCUGCAUGACGAAAUGGGUUGGUUGACUGUCGACUCCAAGGGCACCUAUCGCCAUGUUGGCAUGGAAGGGGGCUUCGGCUUCAACUCGGCAGUGCGGUCCUUGAAACACAGGCGCCUGUCGGACACCACUAGCAGGAGUGGCAGCGAUCUCGUCACCCCGUUGACAGCCGCGCCGCCCUGUCCGCCCGACGCUCCCGACUCGUCACCAUCUGCGGCCAUGGGUGGACACCAACCUCCACGGCAGGUCUUUCUCCCGCGCCGGGACCUCUGCGAGAGGUGCGUCGGCCGCUUCUUCCGCGACGUCCACUCCAUCUACUGGCUCUUCUCCGCCGAGGCCUUCUACGGCUCGCUGGACCGCAUCUACGCCGGCGAUUCGACGUGCGCGUCCGCCUCCAUGCUCUGCUCGCUCUACUCCAUCCUUGCGCUCACGUGCGAGAGUGAGGCACGGAGUGACGGCAUCUCUGAUAACAUGGCAAACAAGUAUCUUUCCCUGGCCAAGGCCCUCGCCCCUGUCCUCAUGGAUGAGGCCGAUAUAGACGCCAUUCGAGCGUUGUGCCUGCUGGGCAUCGCGCUCCAGAGUUCCAUGUGCUCCAAUACGGCUUACGUCUAUGUAGGAGCCGCCGCGAGGAUCGCCUUUACUCUAGGUCUCAACGUCUCCAAGAGCCUUAACCUCCGGAGCAGCUUCCAGGGGCAAAUCGAUCUGCGCAUCUAUUGCUCGCUGUACUUGCUAGAUUUGGAUGUGGCGCUGUGCUACGGAAACCCGCCCUCCCUUUCUGACGAGGAUGGUGCCGAGACUUUGGAACUAGUUUCUGAACAGAUCCUGAGCCCUGGCACCAACAUGCCGUUGGACUUUCUUUCACUCUCAUGCAAGCUGGCGCAGCUCAAGAGACACACCAGCAAGCUGCUCUACAUGAGAUCGGGAGGUGGAGUAGGCGGGGCGUUCAAAGGCGAUGGCCAGGGGAGCACGGGCGCGGGCAGACCCGGGGCCCGCCCGGCGGUGCCCAUCUCGUCCGUCUCGGCGGCGCUCACGUCGCUUUCAGCUUGGUACGAGUCGAUCCCGCCCCACCUCCGGGAUGUGGCCCAGGCCGCACCUUACCAUAAGCGCAGCGUGGCUGUUCUACACCUAAGAUAUUGGUCCUCGGUAAUCCUAGCAACACGGCCGUUCUUGCUAUAUAACGUCCUACAUCCAGAACAGGCCCGGAAGGCCGAGAGUAGCGCACCCGAAGCUUCCAGCAGUGCCGGCAACAGCACGACCACCGAGUCCAAACGCAAGUUCUUUGAAGACUUUGCUUCUACCUGCCUCGACGCCGCGUCGAAGAGCCUGGCACUGCUAAGCUACAUGCGGGAUGCGGGCAUCCUGAGCUCGCUGGUCACUUUUGAUACGGGGUGUCUGCUCGAGGACCUCCAGGUCUUCCUCCUGGCGCUGGCCAAGAGCAAAGGGUCCAAGCUUUCGUUGGAAAAAGAUGCGGUCGACGCAGAGGAAGACCUCAGGCAACGCCAGCAGCAGCAAACACAAGCUGCAGACUCAGUGCGUGAGCUCCUGCACAUCUUGCAGGGCAUGGAGCAGAUCUUCUGGACGCGGCACGCGCUCAUCGAAGUCAUGGCCCAGCUCGACGAGCACGGGCUGCUCAAUGGCGAGAGGUUCUCGCCUGGCGGCGAUACACCGGGGCUUUUCUGUCUGGACAUACCGACUCACCACGACAUUGUGGGCGAGAUGAUGGAGUCAUACUUGCACGACGUGCAGGACAGCUUCUUUGGGCUCGACCCUCAGCAGCCUCUCGACGGCGCAAUGGAGACGCAACUUACAUUUGGACACUGA